GUAACAUUAAAAAUGGCGAUGUUUGUUGGCAGCGUAGCGCAGAUGUACAGCUCAUGUGCACCGCCUGAGUGAACGCACUGCAUGCAGCCGGACAGUGAAGCUCUCAGUGGGCUGCGCAGCCUCCAGCUCCACUUCCCCUGAAAACAACACCACGUGUGUGCAGAAUGAAUGGGAGCCUGUCAGUGCUAUCCACAUACAGACAGAGAUACAACAUCGGCAAAUGCAGCUUUUUUUUGGUCCGUCGACUGUAUUUGAUCUUUAUUUUAUCGCAUUAGCUGCACGACGCCACUGGUAGAGAAGUCCCUUGCGGUCGCAGAGCUGCCGCCACCAGUCAUGAGUUUUGUGGAGUAUUCCGAGUUCAUUCAGGACGGGGACGUUGCCAUCGUCUACCUGGGCCACGACUCCAUGAUGCCAGUCAAGGUGCAGCAGGGCGCCCAGACGCAGACGCGCUACGGGGUCAUCCGCCACUCCACAGACCUGAUAGGCCAGCGGUACGGGUCGAAGGUCACCUGCAGCAAAGGCGGCUGGGUGCACGUGCUGCACCCGACGCCUGAGCUGUGGACGGUCAACCUGCCGCACCGCACGCAGAUCCUCUACACCACCGACAUCGCCAACAUCACCAUGAUGCUGGAGCUGAAGCCCGGCUCCAUCGUCUGCGAGUCAGGCACCGGCAGCGGCUCUCUGUCCCACGCCAUCCUGCGCACCAUCGCGCCCACGGGCCACCUGCACACGGUGGAGUUCCACCAGCAGCGGGCGGAGAAGGUGGCCGAGGAGUUCAGGGAGCACCGGGUGGCUCACCUGGUCACCGUCAGGAACCAGGACGUGUGCAAGGAGGGCUUCGGCGUGACGGGCGUGGCUGACGCCGUCUUCCUGGACAUCCCGUGCCCCUGGGAGGCGGUGGGACACGCCAAGGCUGCUAUGAAGAAGCAAGCAGGAGGUCGGGUGUGCUCCUUCUCUCCGUGCAUCGAGCAGGUUCAGAGGACGUGCGAGGCUCUGGCGGCGCAGGGCUUCGAGGAGAUCAGCACCCUGGAGGUCCUGCUGAGGGUCCACGACGUUCGCACCGUCACCCUGCCGCUGCCCGACUUCGGCCCCGACGCCGCAGGGGAGACCGCGGCUCCGCCCCCCGCCGCCCAAAACCACGCCUCGCUCACCUGCAAGACCACGACCCCGCCCAGGGAGAUGGCCGGCCACACGGGCUACCUCACCUUCGCCACCAAACCGCGGACCUAGAGGCCCCAGUGCAUCAUGGUUUGGUGUCGAGGUCACCACUGACGCCUGAGAAGUCAACAAGAUCGUCAUUUCCCACGUCCUCACGUUCCAUCUCAGAGAUCGCCUGUCAAUCAAACUGUGUGGGCGUGGCUUGGAGGUCCUCUGCUCUGUCGCUGCUCGUGCUAACUACCCAGCUCUUCUGUUUAUUCCAAACAAACUGGAAACAUAAAACGAAUCACUUCCACGGAAAAGAUUUACGUUAUCGCUUUUAUAUCAAUCUGUAUUAGAGAGCAGCUAAACAGACGAUUUAUAUGAAAGGGAACAGAAGUCCCAGCAUUCUCAGAGCCUCUCGCUUCCUUAAAUUGAUGUAUUUUCUGUUGAGACAGGAAGUUGUGACGAGGCUUAAAGCAGAGAGGCAACGUUAAAAGUCAGUUGAUUGAAUCAGUUGAUCAGUACAGGAGGGAAAGGCAGUUUUAUUUGAUCAGAGACGCAUCAGCUGUUCAAAUCAGGAUGUUUUUAUAGGUUGAAAAUUUUUGUUUAUGCCCACGUAGCUCACCAUCACCACCACCAGGUCCUCGACCUUCUGAGAUGCUGAAGUCAUCGGAUUUUGUAACAACAAAAGCAAAAGCUGGUAAAUUCUUCGACAUUUAUUGUGAAAUAGGUGACGUUCGAAGUUGGAAAAGGUUGUAUCUUUCAUUUGAUUGUGUCUUUAAAAGGUUCGAGAGGAAGCACAGAAAGCAUAAACAGUUUAACUUCGAACAUGGCUGCCUGUUAUUGUUGAAAUAUUGUCUUCAUCACGUCAAAGUGUGCAGUAUAUUCGCCUUAAUGUCCUGCUGGUGAAGUCUAAGACACAUUGACCAGCAGGUUUCUCCGUGCUCAGAUAAUCUGACGAGUUAACCGAGGAAAGAUGACGUGCAGAGAUGUUUUUGUGAAACCAGAAGCCUACACACAAAACCUGCUGCCUUUUUAAAAAAAAAAAACUUUGAAACCUAAAAAUUUUCUCAUCCAUUCCCCUCCGUCACAGCUCUGCUUCAGUUUUUCAUUUUUUUCUGCUUCUUUAUUUGUACCACCGAGGCGGAGGACCCAGUUUAUGAUGUGCAACACUUUCCAAAGCCGCACACAUUAAUAAUAAAAGUGUGAGGCUCCAGCUGGUGGGCGAGUCUCUGCAGGUCACAGCUGGCAGAGGAUUUACACGGCCGCGUUGCAUAACCCCACCGCCCCGUCACCCGGCUCCGCUCCGCCGCUCGCAUCGAGAUCGAUACGCUUUAAUCACUUGGAUUAUAGCUGAUAACUCCCCUUUUAUACUUUUUUUUUUUAAUCAAAACUUUGAUUUUGGGGAUGAAAUGUUUUGCUGUUUAUUCCUGCGCUCUGUAUUAAAGUGAAAGACAAUAAAACGUGA